AUGAAUAAAGAAAAUUUGAGCGAAAAUGUCAAGAGGGUUUUAGCGAAAAAAGAAAGAAAAAAACUUAAGGAAGAAAGAGAAUUAUAUAAUGCCACUAAAAUUAUUAGUUCACAAAAUAAUGCUAUGAGAAAAAUCAUAGCUCAAAAGCAAUUAGCUUCUACUAGUUUUGUUAGCAAAAUAAAAGACAUAAAUAAAUCAUUCCCACAUAUAAGAGCUAAAGAUGAUAAAAAUUAUAUGAAAGAAAAUCGAGUAAAGAUUCAGGAAAAAGCUGUACUUCAUAAAAAAUUCCAGGAAGAAAAAGAGGAGCUUAAAAAAAAAAAACCAUUCAAAAUGAAGAGGUUUGAAAAAAUUACUUCAAAAGUAGCUGAACAUUUAAGGAAAAACGAAGCGAAAAAUGAGGCGAAAAAGGAAAUCGAGUCUUCGAGUGUCGUAGAAGAGGAAGAAGAGGAAGAAGUGGAAGAAGAGGCAGAAGUGGAAGAAGAGGAAGAAGUGGAAGAAGAGGAAGAAAUAGAGGAAGAGGCAGAGGAAGAAGUGGAGGAAGUAGAGGAAGAGGCAGAGGAAGAAGUGGAAGAGGAAGAAGUGGAGGAAGUAGAAGCAUAUGAGGAGGAAGAGGUAGAGGAAGAGGCAGAAGAAGGAGAGGAGGAAGAGGAAGAAAAAUACAAAAGGGAAGAUGGAUAUGGGAAAAGUGAAGAAACUAUAAUAGAUAAAUUUCAAAAAAAUGAGCGUUCUAAAAAAAAUGAAAAAGGGGGAAAAGAUAAAUUUCAUAAAAAUUAUGGGAAGUUGCCAAGUUAUAUUUUAAAAAAAAAAAAAAAUAUACCAGACGAAUCGAUGGAUGCACCCCCAGGAUAUCGUGUUUUAAAAAACGAUGAAAGAAAUUAUGUCUUAAAAGAAUUGCAUUCUCAAUUAAAACAAAUUAAUGAAGAAUAUAAAAACAAUAAAGAUAAAGAAAAAAAAAUCGACCUCGGAAAACAAUUAAAAGAAAUAAAGGAGUCCAUCGAAUUAUUUAGUACCCCUUAUGUUGUUGUAGACGAAAAUUUCUAG